CUUCGUUUGACAGUUCGAGCCCAGGACUGCCUCCUCCUAGAGGGAAGCCUGUCAAUCACCGAUAGGGCCGCCUCCUCGUAGAGUGACGCUUGAAUUACCGAUGGGGCCGCCUCCUCGUAGAGUGACGCUUGAAUUACCGAUGGGGCCGCCUCCUCGUAGAGUGACGCUUGAAUUACCGAUAGGGCCGCCUCCUCGUAGAGUGACGCUUGAAUUACCGAUGGGGCCGCCUCCUCGUAGAGUGGCGCUUGAAUUACCGAUAGGGCCGCCUCCUCGUAGAGUGACGCUUGAAUUACCGAUAGGGCCGCCUCCUCGUAGAGUGACGUUUGAAUUACCGAUAGGGCCGCCUCCUCGUAGAGUGACGCUCGAAUUACCGAUAGGGCCGCUUCCUUGUAGAGGGGAGCCUGUCAAUCACUUAUAGGACCGCCUCAUCGUAGAGUGACGCUUGAAUUUCCGAAAGGGCCGCCUCCUGGACUUCAAGGCCCAGAAUGAGGAGGAAUUUAGAUAAAUGAAAUACAAGUUUUACUGAAUCUAUUCCCACAAAACUAUAUAUAAAUCUGCUCAGCUUCUUGUGCCUGCAGGUUACACUGCAUUUUCAUGGUUCCCUUUAACGGGAAGGUAUACCUAAUGCAGGGCCUGAUGGGUGGGGCAGGAUAUAAGAAUCCCUGUGUCAUGCCCCACCCCCUCAGGCUUUGCAGUAGCCGUAACACGUUGUUUCACCUUUUAGGCCUCAUGCACACGGCCGUUUUUUGUUUUUUUUUGGGCGGACUGCAAAAUGCCGAUAAAGCCAUACGGUCGUGUGCAAUAGGCCUUACAUGGAGUGUUCCUUUUAAUUCCUCCUGACUCGAUGGCAGCGUGUCAGUGGGUUAUUAUACUGCAGAUCAGACAGCGGAGCCGAUAUGUAUUCAGGGUUUGGAACAUCUGACAACUACAUACGUUCAGGGGAUCAUGCUUCCAGUGGUUGUAAAUUAUUGCAUCUGUGCAUAAACCCACACAAGUGUCAUCCAUAAAGAAAAAAACAACAAAAAACUUUUGAUCUGCUGUACGACAUGGCAAAGGUUUUGAUCAGUGAGCUUCCGAGCGCUGAAACCCACUCUGAUCUCCAGAACGGGGAGAGAGAGGAGCUUGUACAAGGUGUCCUCGCUGUAGAUCGGAAUAUGUGAUUACUGAUGGGCGGGGGUCUCUGCUUACCGCCCCCCCACUGAUCAAAACCUCUGAUAUGUCACUAUGACUUUGGUGAAAUCUCAGUGACCCUUUAGAGUUUCAACCGGUAGAGAUAAUCCAGAAAAAAAUGAACACAAAAAUCCUCCUUGUCACCUGGAAAACAUCUCCGAUAUAUCGGAAGUGUCUCUUUCCAGCUAUACUUUGUACAGAAACACUUGACAUGGUAGUACCACUGCUACUUAAUUCUAAAGCUGGCCAUACGACAAGGAUGGCCGACCAUUGAAGAAAUGGCUUCUGUGUGCCAGCAUCAGACAAGCUGGAAAGUUUUGGUCUGCGUAAGUGACAUGUGUAUGGCAUGGUCGGCUGAAUUGGGGUGGCCAUUGUCCUGAAGGGCCAGGAAGUCCAUCUUUAUUUUAAAAUGGGGUCCCCAGUCAGCGAAUUUAGUCUUGUGUGUGUGUGUAUAUAUAAAUAUAUACACACACACACACACACGUCUAAACGGUGAGGACAAUAAAAAGGCAUCUAAACUAAACCUAACUAAGCGACCAUAAUGACACCAGCGCAGGCAGACUGUCCCACAACAUAGAUGUUGCCAUUAGGUCUUCGGUGCAUGAUGGGGGUGAAGCAGCAGCCAGGAGUCGUAGGGGAGUCUCAUCAGAUCUUAGGAACUUAAUGUGAGUCUCGAAAAUAUUUGUUUUUAUUUCAAUUUUUCUCUGAAAUAGAUAACUGAAGCAUAUCACAAUGAAAUAUUCAAUCAGAAUGACAAAGCGAAAGUAAAGUCGGCUCCCUGUCAUCUGAGGAUCAUGACUUUGACCCCACGGCUGAAAUGUUGGUACAUGACUAUGAUGAUGAGCGGACUCUUGAAGAGGAGGAAAUGAAGGAGGACGGCAAAAACUUUAGCUCAGAAAUUGAAGAUUUAGAAAAGGAAGGAAACAUGCCUUUGGAGGACUUGCUUGCAAUUUAUGUGUAUGAGCCUGCAGAUCCACUCCUGGCAGGAUCCAGCGCAGGGAGCUCCCCAAGUGAGCUCGCUGAUGAGCUGCCGGACAUGACGUUAGAUAAAGAGGAAAUUGCAAAGGACCUUUUGUCCGGUGAUGAUGAAGAAACGCAAUCAUCUGCUGAUGACUUGACUCCAUCUGUGACGUCACAUGAAGCAACAGACUUUUUUCCACGCCCCUUAAGAUCAAACGCUGCAUGUGAUGGCGACAAGGAGUCAGAAAGUGAAGAUUUUGAAACGGACUUUGGGAACUCUUCAGAGGACUUAAGGAAGGAAAUAAUGGUUGGCCCAUAUCAUCAAGCCGAUAUCCCACCUUUUCAGGGACACUACAUGGCAGAUUUAUCAGCAUACGAAUAUGAAGAUCAGUUGAUUUGGAGUCCAGGUGUCCUUCCAGAAAGCAAAGUGGAAGAAUAUCUUUUGGAAACCAGAAUUGACAACAAGAGGGCGAUGGGCAGGGUCUCAGAUGGAUUGAUCAUUAAGGAUGAUGAACAGGCCUUGCAUGAGCUCUUCAAAUGUCGGUAUAAUAUCCGAGAGGCAGUGGAACGAUUCUGCAGUAGGAGAAUGUUACACGAUGAUAUCCGGCCUUGGUCUGAGGAUGAAUGUAGGAACUUUGAACAUGCACUUGUAAUACAUGGGAAGGAUUUUCAUCUAAUACAGAAAAACAAGGUGAGAACCCGGACGGUAGCAGAAUGCGUUGCCUUCUAUUACAUCUGGAAAAAAUCGGAGCGGUAUGAUGCCUUUGCCCAGCAAACAAGGUUUGGAAAGAAGAGAUAUCACCAUCACCCUGGAGUAACGGAUUACAUGGACCGGUUAGUAGAUGAAGCGGAAGACCUGGGCGGACCAGAAAAUCCAUCAGCCUUAACCUGCCAAAACCGAUCCGAUUGCCUCCCUGACUCGCAGCUCAGCCUGCUGAGCUCCAUCACGGCGAACGACCUGACAGCGCUGUCUCACAGUGUAGCAUGCAAUAAUUCGGACGUGAACUGUUUGAACGAUGGCUUCCCCGCAUUGGACACGUUAUCCCGGGGCCCGGUAAAUCAUGUGCCUGUCGGAACAGAAGACUUGCUGUCGUUGCCCACCAACGGGGAGAGCGAUUGUUUUAACUUAUUUGAGACUGGAUUUUAUCCUCCUGAGCUCAACACCGUGGGUUUGUGUAACGAGGAGGCGGAGAGGCCGGCCAAGAGGAUAAAAAUGGGGAUCUCGGUCCCGGACUCCUUCAUCAGUGACGUCUCUGUAAAUAACCUGGGUGUGGACUUUGAGAACCAUACACACCAUAUCACCAGUGCCAAAAUGGCCGUGUCUGUGGCGGACUUCAGCAGUUUAUCUGCCAGUGAGACAAACCGUUUUAUAAGUUCACACACACUACACCACACAGCCCUACAGUCGGAGUAGUUCCUCCUGGGAGGCAGUUGCCGAAAUCUGAUCAUAAACUUCGGGUUUGCCUAGUCUUUCACUGGAAGUUUGAACUGUUUUUUUUCUAUGACAUCAGUGAUGUCUUUGUAUGUACAGAACUAUAUCUUGAUUUUGUCAAGAAUUACCUUCAUUUUGGUCCAUUAAUGUGGAAACGGACAACGGGAACUCAGUUUGUGUUCUGGGGAAGCAGCUUUAGGCUUAACUUUUUUUUUGUUUAAAAAAAAAAAUAAUCUGCAGGUAACUGGGUCUCCAUAACCAGCACAGUUGCGCGUCUGGCAGAGGGCGCGGGGGGGAAACCAAUGUUUACAGGUACAAGGCCGAUCCCUGCUUCAUGUAGCAUUUUUUAUUUUAAUUAUUAUUUCUGAAGCGAGAUUGGCACAGUCUACUCUGAACUGCACAAAGCGCCCGGCACGAUGGUUCCCUCGCCAUGUCGUGGGCGGUGCACACCGUUACACCACAGUCUGCACCCGCCCCACGCAUAUGCCUUGUUUCAAGGGAUCAUGUUUUUGGCUAUCUACUGCUGGCGUGGAUCUGUGUUCUUUUGUAGGAUUUUAUUUUUUAUUUUUUUCCCCCUCCCUUUUUUGUGGUGUUGUAUUUUUUAUUUUAUUUUUUUUUAUUAGGGAUUAACACUUGUCUACGACUUUUGAAGAUUGUAAAAUAAAUUACACAAUCUGUGUAUCUCAAGUUUCCUGAGGAAGAGGAUCUAGUCUGAGCUCGGCUUGUAAUUCCCGAACACACAGUGUGAGCGCAGCUAUGUGUGCAGUACCACUACCCCCCCCUCCCCCUCCUCCAGGCAAAGUGCUAGAAAGUCUGUGUAUAGUGCUCCCGGAGCUCUGCCUAGUGGCCGUGCACAUAUUCCACGCGCUUCCUCUGCCAAAGAGUCCUUCCUGUCAGUGUCGUCUGUCUACCCCCCAAGAGCGUUAUUGUCCACUGCUGCUCCCUGUAAGCGCUGUCUGGGGGCGGGGAGGGGGUUACUUAGGAAUGGUAGGUUUGGGUUGGGGUAUUUAUUAUUCACUUACUGUGAACACGCCGUCGCCGCUUCUCACACUUAUUUGAAGGAUUAUACGUUUACACUGCAGGUUCUCCAUGGAAGGCCAUGGACGAUAAGCAGUUCUAGUCGUCGUCUUUUCACUUUUAUUUUAUGUUUUAAUUUUUUUCCUCAUUGCGGCCAUCUCUAUGAAUUGCUGAUCAUUACUUCCAUUCCGAACGGAUGACCGAUCACUUCAAGCUGUUGCACUUUGAGCCCCCCUCCCCUCCUGGCCGAAGCAGUAAUACUCAGUUUAUCUAUGCAUUGCUGGACUCUCAGUAAAAAUGAGGAGACGUGUUUCCGGUUUUUUUCUUGCCAGUAGUUUAGUUUGUACAGACACUUUACUCACCUAAUAGAGAUAUAUAUAUAUUUUUUUUUUUUUUUACCAAAAUGUAUUUUUAUUGGGCUUUGAAGAGGUGUUAAAGCUAGAAAGUUUGUGCUUUUUGAGAUUCAGUUUUAUUGUAGCCUAUGAAUCCGAUUCCUUCUGUCAGGGCCUCAGUGACAGUAAACGGGUUUCCUAUCGUUGCCAGGGGUGACUAGCGAGCUCUUUUUGUAUGUUAAAUAUAUAUAUAUAAAUAUAUCUAUAUAUCUCUAUUUUUUUUUUUUUUUUGUUGUUGCUGAUCGUGUGGGCAAAAGAAGUGAUGGAAACUGUGAGCGAGCAUUAAAUCUUUACCUCUGAUUCUCGUUACGUGGCAAUAAUUGCAAGACCUUUUUUGUAAAUACUUGUACAUUUUCGUAUCUUGGAUCUCUAUUUCUGUAAAAAAAAAAUAAUAUUUUUUUGCUUUAAUUUCCUGCGGUGUAUAUAUUUUUAUUUUAUUUUUCUUUUUCUUUUUGUGCAUGCCUGAUGUGACCGAAUGUGUACCACUAUUAACUUUACCCAUGUAAAAUAGCUAUUUAUUAUACUUUAUUUUUUAUUUUUUUUUUAAGCUUUUUAAAAGCUGGGCUUUCUGUUUGAGAUGUCAUGCUAGUUGUUAACCCCUCGGCUGCUGCACGUUGUAAAACGGUAGUCUGCAACCUGUGACCCUCCAGCUCGCCGCACCACCACAGCCUAUGGAGCAGACACAGGUUCCAGACCCCUGUAGUAUAGAGAUGCGAUGUAUCAUGGGCUGUACUGUAGAAGCACAGUUAUUGAGGAGGGGGGUGGGGGCCAAUGCAGCACGCUCUGGGGGUUCCUAGAACUGCUCUGGUGGCUUCGGUAAUGUUCACCUGUGGUGAUGGAUGGUCUGCGAGGCCACACGCUCAGUUUAAGGGCUCAUGCACGUGGCCAGUAUUGCGGCCCGCAUAAGGCAGAUCCGCAAUACACGGGCCGUGUGCAUCACGGAUCGCGGACCCAUUCACUUCAAUGGGUCAGCAAUCCGGAACGGAGGCACGGAUCUGAAGCACUACUGGAGUGGUGGGUUUUACUGAUACAUGCCUCCACACCGCCAAAAAGUAGUGCAUGCACUACUUUUUUGGGCGGUGCGGGCCGUAGGAUGCGGAUCGCGGACCCCAUUCAAGUGAAUGGGUCCACAAUCCGCCUGCGGCUGCCCCACGGUCGGUGCCAGUGCAUUGCCCCAACAUUGUCAAGGAGUGACCUGCAAACGUGAAGAAUCCAUCUUUUGCCUUUCUGAAUCGAAACGUUAAAAGCACAAUUUUUCUAGGAAACCGAUGAAUUCUUUGUUUUUGCAGCAGUCGAGUUUCAUGCAGAAAAACCAAAUAAUGUCCACAUCUAUAGUUUUAUUAAGCGAGCGUCUGAUCUGUUACAUGGGGCAGAGCAACAGAAUCCAAACUAUAGAAGCAGGAGAUUCCUGAUCGAGCUGCAGCCCCCGGACCAAUUAUUAGGUUUUUUGUUUUUUUUUGUUUUUUUCGGUGCACCAGGCCUUAUGAAAUUUGCCUCAAAUAGCUGCUGUUGGGUUUAGACAUUGACCUAAAAUGCAUCAAUUUAAGAAGAGUUUUCUACAAGUCUCAACAGUCACCAUUGUAAAAACAUCUGAGCGCACGAUUGCAGUAUUCUGUAAUACCGUGUCUGUUGGACCCGUCCGCUGUAGAGACCGACACAUUGUGGAUACCGGGGGUUCUGAGUGAAUUCGCUUAAGUUAGCAAUUUUUAUUUGUCAUCGGUAUACUUCAUGUCUGUGUUCUUUCUGUCCCCCUUUCCCCGGCAGCCAUUCCUGACUACAGACACCUGUGGUGGGACGAGCGCUUCGAUGCCUUAAGGACUGCGCCUUUAUGUUUAGUCACCCGUAGCCACUUAUGCGUCUUCUGCAUUAUCUUCUCUUUUUUUUUUUUUUUUUUCACCAUUCUUAUUGCUGAAUUUACUUGAAGUGUUGUAGGACAGUCCUCUAGUGUGUCCCAUUGGCUCCGCGGUUGUGCAGUAUUUUUAUUUUUUGCCUUUAUUCAUUAAAGCCGAGCUCCACGAAUGGGAGAAUUUGUAUUUUUAUUUAUUUUUUUGCUUAAAGCAAAGAGGAUUGCGCCCAGGAGGCUCGUGGCUAAAGCCUCCAACAAGUAAUUUGAAUAUUCUAUUUUUUCUAAAAAAAAUAAUAAUAAAAAAUAAUCAGAAACUCGUACACAUUAAGAUGGAUUAUUUACUGGUGACUUUUUAAUAAAGAAAUCCUUGUCAUGUCCAUUUGUUCAGCUCUGUAUGAAUAUUCCUGUCGUACCACCAGUGUCUGUGUUCUUUUUUUUUUUUUUUUUUUUUUGUUUUGUUUCCAGUUUAAAACUAAAAAUUACCAGUAACGACCCUGAGGAACCAUUGGGUGACAAUCAGAACCACCUUGUUAGCGAGGCUCCAGGAGGUCACUGUUCAUUGGUUUUAAUAUUUGUACAGAAACACUUUUUUUUUUUUUUUAACAUUAUUUUGUAUUUUUGUUGUAUUUUAA